ACUCGUUGCUACCAGUGACGUUUACAAUCGGCAGCCAUAUUUUAGCAGAAGGGGAUAAACUCGUGUUUGUUGUCAAGCUAAACUUUUGGAGAAUUUUAUUGCUUUAUAAUGGCGGUCCCUUUUUCAAAUACAAAACUCAGAGUACCAAAAGGAUUUCAGAAUAUUUUAGAAGGUUUAGCGAGAGAAUGCUUGAGAAGUCAGCCAGAAAAUAUAUACGAAUUUGGUGCCAAGUAUUUCCAACAACUUCUUCAAGUUAGAGAGCAAACUGGCCAUGAUCCAGCUGUCCAUGGGGCGAGGUUGGAGGAUCGAUUCUACAACAAUGACUCCUUCCAGAGUUCUAGCACCGACCCUGGGGAUCCUCAGCAGCAAGAGGCCGCCCUCAAAAUCCAGACUGAGUUCCGUCGGCACCACGCAGAACAGGAAGUCAACAGCAUGAAGGAAGAGGAAGCUGCAAUCAAAAUACAGUCUGGUUUCCGUGGCUUCCAAGACAGACAAAAAGUCUUGGAAAUGAAAGACCCGGAGGAGUAUGCCAGACAACAGAAGGAGGCAGAAGAGAGGCUGUCUAAAGCAGGAAGUAGUAAGGACAGUGUGGAUAUCGAUCUGGAUGAUCCAGAGGUGGCAGAGGCUGCUGUCAAAAUCCAGGCAGGGUUCAAAGGUUACAAAGCUCGCAAAGAGGUCAAGGAUAGGAAGGAACAGAGUAUUGCAGAAAAUAAUUCAGAAACCCAGUUACCAAGUGACAAAGAAAUGGCAGCUGCUGCCACUAAAAUUCAAGCAGGGUUCAGAGGUCAUAAAACUCGACAAGAAAUGAAGGAGAAAAAAGAGGAUAGAGGAGUUAUAAGUGAAUUAGACAAGUCAGAACUAGAAAAUGCUGCCAUACAUAUCCAAGCUGGUUUCCGUGGUUACCAGACACGAAAAGAAAUGAAGCAUUUGAGGGAAUCACAUGUCCCUGACCAAAAGGAAGAGGAAGUUGAUAUUGAUCUCACUGACCCAGAUGUAGAACAAGCUGCCCUUAAAAUUCAAGCAGGGUUCAAAGGUUACAAGACACGCAAAGAAUUUGAGAGCAAAAAGAUAAAGAGUUCAGAGGUCAUCACCUCUGGCAACGAAAAGAGUGAGGAGGAAGUAGACAUAGAUCUAACUGACCCUGAAGUAGCGAAUGCAGGAGUAAAAAUUCAAACUGGAUUUAGGGCUUACAAGGAUAGAAAAUCAGAACAUGAAAAGAGCAGUUCCACAAAAAGCAGCAGUCCUGUUCUAGUGUCCAAACCUGAAUCUGAGGAGGAGGUAGACAUUGAUCUUACUGAUCCUGAAGUCGAAAAAGCUGCCAUCAAAAUUCAGGCCGGAUUUAGCCGCUUUAAAAAAGCUAAGAAAAAGCCUAUGCAGGAUCAAAAGGAACCCGAGUCUAAAUCUGAGGAGGAAACAACCAGUAAAGAACCAGAUCUCUCAGCCAAGGAAACGGAGGAAGCGGCUCUAAAGAUCCAGGCAGGAUUCCGCGGCUACAAGACCAGGAAGGAAGUGAAGGAACAGAUGUCUAAAGAGGAAGGAAAGGAGGAAGAAAAGAAAGGUGAGGAGGAGAAGGUAGAUAUUGAUUUAAAUGACCCUGAAGUGGAGCAAGCAGCAAUGAAAAUACAGGCAGGGUUCAAAGGUUACCAGACCAGGAAGGAAAUGAAGGAAAAAAUAUCCAAGGAUACACAGGAGGAAGGAAGUAAAGAGAAAAUAGACAUUGAUUUAAAUGAUCCAGAGGUAGAAAAGGCAGCCACUAAAAUCCAGGCUGGAUUCAAGGGAUAUAAAACACGGAAAGACAUGAAGGAUCAGAAAGAGGAAAAAGAAUAACUUCUCUAUGUAUUUUAGGAACUCAUUUUUAAUUCCAGUGAAUAAUUUUAUAUGUAGAUCAGCUUUAUUUUGUAUACUGUCACUCCCAUUUUUUUUUCUUUUUACAAUUUAAUAUUUUCCAAGAUGAUAUGUGCAUUUGAGUCGAGUUUGAUACUCCACUGCAGUUUUUAUAUGUUUUUUUCUGAUGAUGUUUAUGCAGAUUUUUAACUGUAUGUGAUUUCUUUGUGAUAAAUGUUUUAUUUCUGUUUUACAGACUGAUAUGUCUGGCAUACAGACCCAGGUGAAGGAUUGAUGAACACACACACAAUGCAAGUUUUCUCAUUUCACCUGUGUGGGGGCAAAUUUUUGAAUUUUUGCUGCAUUAACACCCAGCUUUUAGCUUGAUAUUUACCUGUAGUUUGAACAGUCAUAUACCUUCAGACAGACACAGGAAAUUUCAUAUUUAUUCAUAUACUGUCUUUCAGUAAUCAAAAGAAAACAGUUCAUUUUUUCCUCAUAAAAUUUAUUAUAAAUUAAUACUUAAUCUAACAGCAUAAAAUCAUUUUAAACAUUUGUAUAAAAAUAAACAGAACAGUUGAUAAAAUGGAGGUACAUAUCAGUACAUGUAUAUACAUCAGUGAACCUGAAUUACCUGGUUCAUCACAAGGUUUCACAAUCGACUGUUUAUUCACAAUACAUGUACACUUAAAACAGAAAACAGCAAGUUUGUAGUGGCUAUAGAAUGGUAAAACUUCUGGUGUGUGGUGUGUUUGCAGUACUUUUGAUAAAUACUUGAAAAGUAAAUCAGUACAAAGUAGUGCUAUGUUCAGCUUAACUUUAACAAUGUUCUUCUAUUAUCUGUGAUUGUAUUUUGUCUGUCAGAUUUGUUGUAUGUUUUAAUGAUAAUACCUUCCACUCCAGGUGAUUUUGUGGUCUUCAUGCCAGAACAAGGAGAAUCUACCAAUGUACUUAUAUGUCAAGUACAAAGGACAGUCUAUAAUUCCAUUCAUAUUUACUGUUAAUAUUUAUAUAUAUGUAUAAUUUUUGUCAAUUUUUGCAUUUUCCGAAUUCUGUACAGUUGUAAAACAGUCUUAUACAUGUAAUUAUUUUGUUGGUUUAGAUGAAUAUUUUUAUUAAAAUU